AUGGAUGAGUCAAACAUAACGUUUCAUCCCAGCGAAGGCACAGAGAACAUCUCAAUGCACAGAAACAUUUCUACACAGGAAAGGGUCUGGGAGAUAUUGACCCCACUUUGGGUAAUUAUGAUCAUCUCCUUCCUGGGUUUUUGUGAAAAUGGAAUUGUCCUCUGGUGCCUCUGCUUCCAGAUCAAAAGAAACCCAUUCACUGCGUACAUCACACACCUGUCCAUUGCUGACAUCUCCUUACUGAUUUGUACAUUUAUUCUGUCAAUUGAUUACAUUGCUGGUUUUGGAUUUGCAUAUGGUUUUUACUAUUAUAUAACCACCACACUAUCUAUUGUCUUCCUUCUUGGAUAUAAUACUGGUCUCUAUCUCCUGACAGCCAUCAGUAUUGAGAGGUGUCUGUCUAUUGUUUACCCCAUCUGGUACCGAUGCCACCGGUCACAGCACCAAUCGGCAAUUGUGUGUGCAAUUCUCUGGACUCUGUCUUUUCUGAUGACAGUAGCUGAAUACGUAACAUGCAAAGAUGAUUCACCAAAGGAACAAUUCGACGAUGGCAACCAUUGCCAGGCACUGCUCAUCUUCACAUGGAUCCUGACUUUCAUGAUCUUCAUUCCUCUAAUGAUUCUGUCCAGCCUGAUCUUGGUUAUCAGGAUUCAUCGUAACUCCCUGAGACCUCAUUCGUCAAAGCUCUACAUCAUCAUUGUGGCCACAGUCAUUGUCUUCCUCAUCUUUGCCAUGCCUAUGAGGCUGUUGUAUCUUCUCAAUUACCACCACUGGUCGUCUUUGCUCAGCCAGCAGAACCACGUCACCAUUGUUCUCUCCACCGUUAACAGUAGCAUCAACCCCCUUGUUUACUUCUUCGUAGGAAGCAGCAAGAAGAAGAGGUUCAAGGAGAGCCUCAAAGUGGUUCUUAGUAGAGCACUCGCUGAUGGGUUGCGGCCGAGAAGCCAGGAAGUUGGCAUGAGUUUGGAUAUAGCUGAAACAAUUUUCUAA